AGAUAACUACAACUUCACAAAUCUGUCACUCACCUGCUCAUAACCAUCUUUACACACACUCAUCACAAAACACACACAAACACUUUCAUGUUAUAAUAUCUUAAUUUGUUAAAUCAAAUUCUUAUCAAGAUUUAUUUUCUUGAAAUUUCCCUUGAGCUGGGUCAUUUGUUAAGCAAAUUUAUUGACAGUUUUGGUUAAAAAAUGGGUACAUAUCUGAGUACUCCUAAAACAGAAAAGUUCUCUGAAGAUGGUGAGAAUGGAAGGGUUAGAUACGGUUUAUCAUCUAUGCAAGGGUGGCGUUCAACAAUGGAAGACGCGCAUGCUGCGGUUCCUGAUCUGGACACGGAAACCUCUUUCUUUGGUGUAUAUGAUGGCCAUGGAGGUAAAGUUGUUGCUAAGUUUUGUGCCAAGUUUCUUCAUCAACAAGUGUUAAAGCAUGAAGCUUAUUCUACUGGGGAUAUUGAGACUUCCGUUCAAAAGGCAUUUCUCAGAAUGGAUGAGAUGAUGCGUGGGCAGAGAGGGUGGAGGGAAUUAUCUGUUUUGGGAGAUAAAAUGAACAAGUUCUCUGGGGUUAUUGAGAGUCUCAUUUGGUCUCCAAAAGGAGGAGAAGCAAGUCAUCAGCCAGAUGAUUGGGCUUUUGAGGAGGGCCCACAUUCCGAUUUCACAGGGCCGACAUCUGGAUGUACAUCAUGUGUUGCAAUCAUGAGGAGCAAUCAACUGAUUGUUGCAAAUGCUGGCGACUCUCGUUGUGUAAUAUCCAGGAAGGGGGAGGCAUACAAUCUUUCUCGAGAUCACAAGCCAGGGCUUGAUAUUGAGAGGGAGAGGAUACUAAAAGCAGGUGGAUUCAUUCAUGCAGGCCGAGUUAACGGGAGUCUCAAUCUUACCAGAGCUAUAGGUGACAUGGAAUUUAAGCAGAACAAGUUUUUGACUCCUGAAAAGCAGAUAGUUACGGCCAAUCCUGAUGUUAACAUCGUCGAGCUAUGUGAUGAUGAUGAUUUUAUGGUGCUGGCAUGUGACGGUAUCUGGGAUUGCAUGUCAAGCCAACAAUUAGUUGAUUUCAUUCAUGAACAAUUGAAAUCGGAAAGUAAACUUUCAACAAUAUGUGAGAGAGUCUUCGAUAAAUGUUUAGCACCAUCAACUUCUACAGGAGAAGGAUGUGACAACAUGACCAUGAUCUUGGUGCAAUUCAAAAAGCCAAUUCAGCCGUGCACUACUACAGAAAAUGAAGAUGUAGAAGAGGUAGACAGUAAACUAAAAACCGUUGCAAUUGAAUCAAGCUAAGUCUAAGUUCGAAGGACAAGUCAUACUUGGUACAUAUUGUUGGUACAAGUCAAACUGCGAAAAAUAGUAGUCUUAUAGUUUCUUUUUUUUUUUUUUUUUUUUUUUUUUAUUACAAUUCUCUCUUCAGUUUGAUUGUAAAGAAAAUUUCAUUUCAUUUUAUAUGCUGUUAGUAAGGAUGAUUUACUUGAGAAGUUAAUAGCACCUGUUAGCUUGAGUAGGCAGGUAUUUUGA